AUGACCACGCCGAAAUCUUCCGCUUCUCUGAUUCCCUCUGACCCGGCAAAGGUCAUGGUAAUCCGAGAUGUUACUCCCACGAUCACGACCCUCAGCGUACCCUUCCUCCGAUUCGGUCGCAUCAAGAUUGGCGGUCGCGGCACAUUAGUCAAGCUCCAGACCGGAAAUGUGGCCGUUUUCUCUCCUGUCGCACUCACUCCAGAUGUGAAGGCCAAGGUUCAAUCCAUGGGCCCUCCCAAGUACAUCAUUGCUCCAGAUAUCGAACAUCAUAUCUUCAUCUCCACUUGGUCGGCAGAGUAUCCUGAAGCAGAAAUUAUUGGGAUGGAGGGUUUGCCAGAGAAAAGAGAAAGCGAUCCAGCUACAAAGGGAAUCAAAUUCACCCACGUCUUCUCUGCGAAAAACAAACUCGACCUUCACGUCACUCCCGAGUUUGACGAGGAAUUUUCUUACGAAUAUUUCCAUUCUCAUGGCAACAAGGAGCUUGUUUUCCUUCACAAGCCCACCGGAACCAUGAUUGAGGCUGAUUUGCUGUUCAAUCUUCCUGCCACCGAGCAAUACUCCAAGACUGGGAUCAAUCCCCAGUCGGGAAUUUUGACCAAGCUAUUUGGCGGUAUCAUGAACACCCGUGGGGAUAUGAUUUGGCAAAAGCGAUUCCUUUGGUAUGCAGCUGCCGGUAAAGACAGAGCGGGAUUCGCUGAGUCGGCGAAGAGAAUCAAGCAGUGGGACUACGACAGAAUCAUUCCUUGCCACGGAGAUGUGAUUGAGACCGGCGGCAAGAGCAUUAUGGACAAGGCGCUUGUAUGGUUUACCGAAGGCAAGCACUGA